GAAUCCGCUGACUAAUUCUGAGCCUGUGGUUCAUUCAACAAAUGAAAUUUACUACAAUCAACAAUGUUCGAAAUGUUAUUUUACCUCCGAAAUGUCUUGAAAUGACUUAGAACCUCUAUUAUUUGUCUCAUAUUUAUUUGAAAGGGAACAUGGAUGACUACGGCGAGGAAAACGGAUGGGAAGAGGCGGCUCAACUGAGUCCCACAGAGGACAGAAGGGAUAAUGACACAAUUAUCCAAGACAUACAACAAGUCUUCGCCUCGAAAGACAUGGUUAUGGAACCCGAUGUGUUUUCUUAUAUUAGAAGGUAUUUUCUUGUUGGUGGUCCACGUGAAGAGCUUGUCAAGUUGCUUUCAGAGAAUUACUGUGGCAUUGCACAAAGUGCAAACUUAUUGGCAAAUUGGCUCAUCCUGACAGGCUCCAACGUCCAUGAUGUUGAACAACUUGUAGAAAAUCAUCUUAAGGAUCUGAUCAUCAAACACUUUGACCCCAAACGAGCAGACUCUAUUUUCACAGAAGCUGGAGAAACCCCGUCUUGGCUGGAGGGAAUGAUCGCUCAUCCAACAUGGAGGUCCAUGUUCUAUAAGCUUUCAGAACAAUACCCAGAAUGCCUCAUGUUAAACUUCACUAUCAAGCUGAUAUCUGAUGCUGGUCACCAAGCAGAGAUUACCAGUGUGUCGACAGCCUGUCACCAGAUAGAGGUGUUCUCAAGGGUGCUAAAGACAUCAGUUGAGGGCUUUGUUGAAGAAGGAGAGAUGUCUUUGGAAUCAAAUCUACCAGAGUUCUCAAAAAUGGUGUGUUAUGGACAGCACACAUACCUCUAUGCCCAGUGCCUUCUCAACCUUGUGGCACAGGAACCCCAUGCAGGUGCUAAGGUCAAGCGUGUGAGUCAGGAGGUGAUGAAAAGUGCUGUGGAGGGUGGUCACGAUAUCACCCAGAUCACACUGUGCUUGAAUGGGUCUCCGUCCUACCCCAGGGUGUGCUCUGGCCUGUCGUCCAUGUUGGGCAAGAAUGCCUUGAACCCUGGAGACAUCACUGUGCUGUACAAACUCUUCACAAGCCCACAGCCUCCACCCUGUGACCUGAUCAGAAUUCCUCAAUUCCUAGAUUUAUUGUUGGAUGCUCUAUUCAAGCCUGGUCAACACAUUCAUUCUGAACACAAGUUCAAAUACACCUACCUUUUGGCGUAUGCAUCAUGUGUGCACGAAGCAUGGCAAGAUGGAAAGAGAGUGUUGUUGAAUAGGGAUGAACUUAAGGCGACGACACAAGCCGUGGAGAAAGCACACACACUUUGCAUGCAAGACAGCAGUGGAGCCGGCCAUUUGAUCUCAGAAGUCAAGGUGCUCUUUCAAUGCAUCAGGUACCCAGUGGUUGCUAUGGGGAUCCUGAAAUGGAUUGACUGCACGGUGUCUGACCCAUCGUUCUUCAAGCUCAUGACAGAUUCGACCCCAGUACACCUCGCCUUGCUUGAUGAGCUCAUCACUUGUCACCCGUUGCAGCAUCGGCUGGUUCUAAACCUGCUUAUCCGGUUAUUUGAAUCAGAUACACCUCUAGAUACUCUUGUUGAGCUUGAGUUCAAGAAGACAGUGCUUGACCGAAUGAUUCACAUGUUGAGUCGAGGCUACGUCAUUCCCGUCAUCAGCUUCAUCCACAAGUGCAUGACGGGACAGAUCACUGAUAACUCCCUUAUAAGGCAUUUUGUUACGGAGGUUCUGGAGAUGAUCGCACCUCCUUACUCAUCCGAGUUCGUACAGCUUUUUCUCCCCAUCGUGCGUAACGAGGAGAUAACUGGGAGCCUGCGUUCUAGUGAGGGGACAGACGACGCUUCUGCAUUCAUUGCUCAUUGUUCAAGGCCCGAGUCCAUCCUUAGCUGACGCCUAUGAAAAAGCCCGGGUAUCCCAUGUACAUAGGAUGUAGAACGAUAUGGCGGAUAUCAUGACGGGGAAAUCAGCAUCGGGAAAAAACAAGCAUGGAAACGUGUACAGAGCUCAUUUUGCACGAGAACCGAUGCCAUGGGAAGCAAUAUUUAACAAUCACUGUCACAAGACAGGUCUCCUAAGUUAUUGUUAUUAAUCAUGUAAAGAACUCUCGAAAUAACCAUAGAAAAAAAGCCGCGGUGAUCCUAGCCACUAAUCCCUCAAUUACUAGCCAGUUACUAAAGACGGUUUGGGGGGGGGGGGGGGGGGUACUUCAUAGGAAAAUGAUAAAAAUAUAUAUUUACCGAAGAAAAUCAGCUAGGAUCGAUGGAAAGGCAAUAUGAAUAUGCUUUCUAAAACUAUUUACAGCAACUUUAGUAAUUUUUGUGGAUCCUUUGUAGAGUAUCUUGUCUGGUUUCUAGUUUAGACUCUUGCAAAUUUCUAUGCAAGCGUCUUUCCAUUGUUUUUAAAAUUUCUUGAAUAUUUGUUAACGGUUAUAGCAAUCUUCUAUAAUGUUUCUGACAAUUGAUUGUUUAAGCUGUUGUUUUUUACAGUUAAUCAACGACACAUAUAGACUUUGUUUCUUUUUUAUUUGUUUUUUGAAAUAUGAGAAUUUACAGUCAAUAAACUUCACAUUUAUUAU